UGCCCGCGACGAAUGAUGUCCGAUAAUGGGACUAACUUCCGAGGUGCGAGUAGAGUGUUAAAAGAUGAAGUGGAGCGUAUAUCGACCAGGGAUGUGGAGACCAAAUACCCAGAAAUGGAGUUCAUGUUCAUUCCGCCAGGCUCACCGCACAUGGGCGGUGCAUGGGAAAGAUUGGUACGCUCAACAAAGUCCAUUCUAACGGAAAUCUUGCCGCCUGGUGGAUUGCGAGAAGAAGUGCUUCGUGCUGCGUUGGCUGAUGUGGAGGGUAUUCUCAACUCACGCCCACUCACAUAUGUACCACUGGAAUCGGCAGACUCAGAAGCGCUUACACCGAACCAUUUCCUCUUGGGCCACUCUAGUGGAAUUCGUGAGCGAGACAGCGAAAUUCAAAACGGUGACAAGCUUGCCAAAGGAUUCAGAAUUUCGAGCCAGCUAGCCGAUCAGUUCUGGAAAAGAUGGAUUCGAGAAUAUCUGCCAACGCUUACGCGCCGUACCAAAUGGUUCCAACCGCCGCCAGAUUCGAUCGCCGUGAAUGACAUUGUUGUUAUCGCAGAUGAGAAUGGCAAACGAAGCAGCUGGCCCAAAGGAGUUGUGGUAGAUGUUCACCGAUCGAGAGACGGUCAGGUACGGAGUGCCGUAGUGCGCACUCCAGAAGGUAUUGUGACUCGCCCCGCCGUAAAGCUAGCCAAAUUAGAUUUGAAAAUUGGUAAUACACAACGCGAAUGCUAGUGAAUUACGGGGUGGGGAAUGUUGGCGGGCGAACUAAAUUUUCUACUGGGGCAUUGCCAGCGCAUUUCCUACUGGGCAUUUGUAAUCGGUGAUUCUCUUUUGUGCAUUGGAAUUUCACCGUUACGUUCGCUAGAAGUAGCAAUGCAGCUGCAAAUUUCGGCAGCGAGAUCUACUUUGAAUUUGUAUUUGAGCCCAAGCAGAGGCAAAUAAUUGUUAACAAUUAAAUAGGGAUUUGAAGGUGUGCGCAGAGCACGAAUCAAAUAUUGAUCCACUACAAGUUGUUGUUUUCGAGUAGUGGAUUGCUCGAAGUACGAGCAACGGC